UUUGGGGGAUCAGGAAUCCGGGGGAUCAGGCUGAGGAAUCCGGGGGCUGAGCCCCCCGGGGAUGCCGGAGCCGGGCAGGCUGCGGGCUCCGGCCCGCGCGGAUCCGGGGCCGUAACGGGAUCCUCGGGAUUAUCAGCAUCACCGGGGCCAGCUCGGGCUCCGGUUUCUUGGCCGAGGCGUUGCUGCAGCAACGUCGGGCUCGGGAUUGUGGGGCCUUUUCAGGCGGACAAGAGCCCUUUGAGAGCGCGGGGGGCCCCGCGGAGUCACCCGAUACCCCCGCGGCUCCCCCCGGGCCCCGCUGGCUCCCGUGGCCGGGCCGAGGACACCGGAUCCCGUUAUCAGCGCCGGGAGCGGGGCUGGCCGCGGAUGCGGCCCCGGGGAUGCGGCCCCGAUCCCGGCGCUGACAGACGGGGGAUGCCCGCGGUGCCACCGCGGGGUCACGGCGUGGCCACCGCCGUCACCUGGGGGUCCCCGGGGGCUGUCCCCAGCGAGGCACCCCCGCUGUCCGUCCCAACCCUGCCGAUGUCCCCAAUUUUUUGAGCAUCCCGGAGCAUCCUGGGGGUGGCGAGGGGCGCUAAAGGGACCCCCCUUGAAGCGAUGCUGUCACCCCGGCCGUGCCCGCGGGCUUUGGGGGUGCUGCCCGGGGCCACCGAGGGGGUUGUGCCCCCCACGCCGGCCCCCGCGGGGCUGGCCGGCGGUGCCAGCCGGGCUGUCCAGCCCCGGUAUCGGAUCCUCCCGGAGGGAGGGGGCUUGGAGCUUAUUUAACGUGCCCAGCCCGGCCGGGCGGGCGCACUCGCAGCACGGGGAGCUCAGCCGCAGCCAUGGGAUCGCAGCUGGAAGGGGCCAUGGAGACCCUGAUCAAUGUCUUCCACCACUACUCGGGCAAGGAGGGGGACAAGUACAAGCUGAGCAAGAAGGAGCUCAAGGAGCUGCUGCAGAGCGAGCUGGGAUGUUUCCUGGAGACCCAAAAGGACGCGGGGGCCGUGGAGAAGAUCAUGCAGGACCUGGAUGAGAACGGCGACGGGGAGGUGGAUUUCCAGGAAUUCGUGGUCCUGGUGGCCGCCCUGACCGUGGCCUGCAACACCUUCUUCUGGGAGAACGCCUGACGCCCCUCCUGCCGCAGCAGGGCGCGGCUUCCCAAAAUCCAGAGCCCCCCCGGCACCCCCCCAGCUCACCCCCUCCGCUCCCCAGCAUUCCCAGGGGAUCCUGCUGGGAUCCAGCUGCACAAUAAAGGCACCGACCCUGCCCGA